UAUGACGCUAAGCAAACCCGCGAUAGCUCAAGGCAACGUGACCAAUCCAUCACAUCACACAGCACAACACAGCACAGCUUGAUUGCUUGUUCUAGGCACGCGCUCGUAGUCUAUUCUAUCUAGUCUCUUCGUUCGUUUAAGCUGACACGGCCCUUUCUGAUACUGCCACUUCAUCCGUAAUUUUAUCUCGAUACUAUCGACUAGCACCCGCCUCUCUAUCAAACUUCUGCGUUCUUCUAUCAAAGUCUUCUCGAUGCAUCGGCCGGAUCUAUUGGCUUUUCUACUGCCUCUGCUGGCAGCCCCAGCUUUUGCGGCGGAAACUCUAGACUGCGGAAAGAUUCGCGCUGAUGGACAUACUUUCGAUCUUUCUAAGCUCGGUGGACCUCACUCGGUCGUGACGACGCGGUUCAAGCCUAGUCCUCCCGAACAUUAUAACACAACUUAUACAUUAGAUAUCUGCAAGCCUUUGAAGAAGAAGGGUGGCAAGAAGGACGAAGAAUGUCCAAACGGCACUCGAGUUUGCGGUAUUACACACCUUCUCAAGUCUGGCGAGAAGGAGACGGAUGAGAUUACGAAUGUCAUCGCGAUCGCAGGCAAUCUCGAAAACGUUGGCGGCUCUCGAUUCGAUGCUACACCCACGCGACUCAAGACAAGCGACUCAACUUCCGACAAGGAUAAAGAGGGCGUGCGACUAGUCCUCACAGGAGGCAGAGAUCCUCUCAAGGGUGACAUCAAGAAAACCGAUCAAAAGGCCAUCAUCGAAUUCCUGUGCGAUCCUAAAAAGGAGGGAACAGAGGGCGAGUGGGUUACUUCGGACCAGUACGAGAAGCGAGCGGACGACGAUAAGAAGGAAGGGGAUGGUGAUGAUAAGGAUGAUGGCGAGUCUAUGAUCGAGCACCAGCUGAAGCAUGACAAUGCUUCGCUUAUCUGGGAUAGCUUUGAUGUUGAGGAAAAGGCCAGGGUUCUGCGCUUGACGUGGUACACUAAGUAUGCUUGCGAAAAGUCAGAGGACAACGGCGGUAGUGGUGAUGAUGACAGCUCAAGCUCCCACUGGGGCUUCUUCACCUGGUUCAUCAUUAUUGCUUUCUUGGGCAUCGCCGGCUACCUCAUCUUCUCAUCCUGGAUCAAUUUCACACGGUACGGCGCACGCGGCUGGGAUCUUCUCCCCCACAGCGACACCAUCCGCGAUAUUCCUUACCUACUUAAGGACUGGAUCCGCCGUGUUCUCAACACCGUGCAGGGAACAGGAAGUCGGGGAGGAUACAGCGCGGUCUAGGCGUUUUUGACAGCAUGUGUAUCGUUAUAGGUCUGGGCUGGGCUGUGUGAGGAAAUGGUACGGCGCUCAUGCUAGUUGUAUCUAGCUGGAAUUGUAUACAUAGGUUGAAAUUCGCGGGUUUCGGUUUUCGUAUCAGUGUUUAGAUCAAGAUGCUAUCAAGCAGUGUUAUAAACUGACUCUGACUGAUGUUCUAUGCCAGUGUUGUUUAUUGUUUUGUAGGUAAUAAGUUAUCAUUGAACUGGUGGACUGUGAGCCGUUGUAUUUGAUUUGUGUUGGAAUUUGUUCUUAAGAUGAAGAAUAGCAGACGCCGCUGUUUUUGAUACAACCAGCAUUGGGCGACGAUCAAAUGGAACUGUCAAGGCAUUCUUUUAUUGUAGUAAAUAGUGUAUGUUCGCGGAGUGUCCGGAUAAUACAAUUAGC